AUGACGCUGCCAGCCUACUCGUCCGCCGCGAGGGAGAAUGAGAGGGUACUAGCUCGCGAAGGCGAACGAGCAGGCAUGGACAAUGUCAUCGAGUUACCAGAAUCUUUAGAAGACGAGGAGAGACAACGAGAAGAAGAGAUGGAAUCACUAUACCAAAUAAGGCUGGCACGGCGAAUCGAGGCAGCAGACAGAGAGGCACGACGGCAAGCGCGGCGAGAGGCGCGAGCACGAGGCGACGUCCAGGCUCUCGCAGACAUUCGACGAAGAGCAGAAGAAGCAGCAGAUCUCUCGGUAUCCCAAAUGCUCAUCGCAGAGCACCAAACGCGAACGCGAACGCGAACGCGCGAGCAGCGAGUAUCUUCUGUAGCCUACGGCGACCUAGGCGUCGCACGACACGACGGCACCCGCAUACGCGGAAACUCGACCGAAAGCGACAUCCGCCCUCUCCUCGACUCAGCCGCCUCCUUCUCCGGCCACUCCCGCAACGACACCCACCAGCGCGGCCUCUCGAUAACCUCGCUCGCCCAAUCCGUCGAAUCCCGACCGUCUGAAGAUUACGAUUUCGCAGACGCUUCGCGCACAAACUCGCAUUCCGCCAGUGGCAGCGACGGCUUCGAAAUUAUACCUCUACACCCUGAAUCAAGCUAUCACAGCCAUAGCCAUAGCGAAGGUGGUAGCUUGCCUUCGCCGCAAAUGCAUGUCCUCCCAGAGGAAGAAGCACCCGCUUAUGAAGACCCGCCAAAUUAUGAGAGUCCUGUUGAUACGCGCGCGCCGCAGUUACCAGCGCUGAAUCUCAAUUUGGGGCGUUUACCUAGUAUACGCAUCGUUACUGAGAUGACGCCUGUGGAAGCGAGAGCCGCGUCGCCAAAUCGAUGA